UUCUUUUUCUAAAUAAAGUCACCUAAACUUUUUGUUAUCAACAAAUUCGUUUUUUAACGACGAGUCUUCCCCUUCUUAGUCGUUGACUUUUCGAUGAAAGAAUAUUAUCAUUGGAGUAAGAAGAAGAAGGAGCUUUGCUCUUCACCACAGUUCUAACCUGAGAAAAUUUUAAAAGUGGUUAAAUAUGAAAGAAGUAGAAAAAGAAGGAAGCUUCUGCUCACAGAGUAAAAAAAACGAUGUGUUCAUCAGCUUUAGAGGCGAGGACACACGCAGCAACUUCACUAGCCAUCUUCAUGCAGCUCUAUGUCGAACCAAAGUUAAAACCUACAUCGACUACAACCUUAAAAAAGGUGACUAUAUCUCAGAAACACUCGUGAAAGCAAUACAAGAUUCCUACGUAUCUAUUGUUGUUUUCUCAGAAAACUAUGCAUCCUCAACAUGGUGCUUAGAUGAGCUUACACAUAUGAUGAAAUGCUUAAAAAACAACCAGAUCGUUGUUGUACCUGUGUUCUAUAACGUAGAUCCUUCCCACGUGCGGAAGCAGAGUGGUAGUUACAUGGUUGCUUUUGAGAAGCAUGUGUGUAAUCUCAACCACUUUAAUAAGGUCAAUGAUUGGCGUGAAGCUUUAGCUCAAGCAACUAGUUUGGCUGGAUGGGACUCUCGUAAAUACAUGCUUGAAUCAGAACUCGUGGAAGACAUUGUCCAAGACGUUUUGCAAAAACUUCACUGUAAAUAUCCAAGCGAAUCGAAGGGUCUUGUUGGAAUUGACAAACACUAUGCACAUCUUGAAUCAUUCAUGAGUAUAGGGUCAAAAGAAGUUGGAAUGAUUGGAAUGUGGGGGAUGGGCGGCAUCGGUAAGACAACCAUUGCUGCAGCUAUAUUUGACCUUUUCUCUUCUCAAUUUGAAGGAUGUUGUUUCUUGGAAAAUAUAGGAGAUGAAUCAGAGAGGCAUGGAUUGAAUUUUUUGCAUAACAAACUUCUAACAAUGCUACUGGAAGAAAAAGAAAAUGUCCAUGUUGGCACAGUCAGAAUAGGUUUCAACUAUAGUAAGAGCAGGCUUAGUCAUAAAAAAGUUCUCAUUGUGCUUGACGAUGUAAGAACAAUUGAGCAGCUAGAUUUUCUAGUUGGAGCGCAUACCUGCUUGGGACCGGGGAGUAGAGUCAUUGUUACAGCUAGAGAUAAGCACGCGCUUAUUGAACGAGCUCAUGAAAUAUAUGAGGUGAAGCCAUUAAACUUUCAUGAAUCUCUUCAGCUUUUCAGUUUAAGUGCUUUCAAGAAAGUGUGCCCAGAUAUUGGCUAUCAGCAGCUAUCGGAAAGUGUGGUUAAUUAUGCAGGUGGCAUUCCAUUGGCUUUGAAAGUUUUAGGCUCAUUAUUUUCUUAUAAGAGUAAAGAAAUAUGGCAAAGUACAAUGACUAAACUAAAGAAAAUUCCAUGUAGGGAAAUUCAGAAUAUCUUAAGACUGAGCUAUGAUGGAUUAGAUGAUACAGAGAAAGAAAUAUUUCUAGACAUUGCUUGCUUUCUGAAUGGAAAGGAUAGACAGCAUGUGACAAGACUUCUAGAUGCUUGUGGUUUCUAUGCAGUUCCUGGUUUAGAAACCCUUUUGGAAAAAGCUCUAAUUACUUUUUCAAAUAAUAAUCAAGUACAAAUGCAUGCCUUGAUACAAGAAAUGGGCCGAGAAAUUGUUCGACAAGAAUCUACUAAAGACCCUGGUAGACGCAGUCGAUUGUACGAUCACGAAGAAGUAUAUGAUGUGCUGAAGAAUAACAUGGGAACCAGUGCAAUUGAAGGCAUUAGCUUAGAUGUGUCCCAAAUCAAAGAUAUGAAUUUGAGCUCUGACAUUUUUGUGAAGAUGAUCAACCUAAGAUUUCUCAAAUUCUACUCUCGGUCAGGUGAGAGAUGUAGUGUCUCCCUUCCUGCUGGUCUUAAAUCAUUUUCUAAUAAGUUAAGGUACCUCCAUUGGAGUGCAUAUCCUUUGAAGUCUCUACCAUCAUCGUUUUCUCCUGAGAAACUUGUUGAGCUUUACAUGCCAAACAGCCGCGUUAAAAGAUUAUGGGAAGGAGUGCAGGAUCUUACUAAUUUAAAGAAAAUGGACCUCAGCUGUUGUGAGAACUUGAUAGAGCUUCCAGAUUUCUCCAUGGCAUCAAAUCUCCAAACCGUUAACCUCUCUAGAUGUGUAAGGCUGCGUCAUGUUCACGCAUCUAUUUUAUCGCUCCAAAAACUUGUCAAUUUAAACCUGGUUUGGUGUAAAAAUCUUAAGAGUCUUCUAAGCAAUACCCCUUUAAAUUCUCUGAGAAUUCUUGAGCUCUACGGCUGCUCAAGUCUCAAGGAAUUUUCGGUGACAUCUGAAGAAAUGACAUACUUGGAUUUAAGAUGUACUGCUAUCAAUGAAUUACCUCCAUCAGUUAAGUACCUAGGUCGUCUUAUGAACUUGGAGCUCAGUAGCUGUGUGCGCCUUAGAAAUCUUCCAAAUGAGUUCUCAUGCCUGAAAUCUCUUGGCCGUCUGGUACUUUCUGAUUGCACGCUACUUGACACAUCGAAUCUGCAUCUUCUAUUUGAUGGCCUGCGUUCUUUAGGAUACCUUUGUCUCGACAACUGUUGUAACCUAACUGAACUCCCUCAUAAUAUUAGUCUGUUAUCAUCAUUGUAUUAUUUAUCACUCAGUGGAAGCAAUGUGAAGAACAUUCCUAAAAGCAUCAAGCAUCUUUCACAGCUAGAAUCUCUCGACUUGUGCAAAUGCAUGAGCAUUCAGUAUCUACCAGAACUUCCACCAUCCAUUGAAGUGUUGGAUGUCACCAACUGCACGUCCUUGGAGACCGUCUUCACCUGUCCUGCUAUUGAUGAACUACUACAAGAGCACAAGGUAUUCAUUUCCUUCAAAAAUUGUGUGGAAUUGAAUGAAUACUCCCGAAAUGGUAUUAUGUUAGAUGCCCAAGUCAGACUAAAAGAGGCGGCCUAUGUUGAUGUAUCAGCAAAAAUAGAAGGGAGUGAGAGUGACCCUUGUUUCUUUUUUAAAUCAGAGGCGACGUCGUCUUAUCAUCAUCCACCAACUGUUAUUUGCCCUGGAAGUAGAGUUCCUGAUUGGUUUCACUAUCGGUCAACUGAAGCAUCGAUAACCAUCGAACUUUCAGUCUCACAUUCUCCACAAUCCAACAUAUUUGGUUUCAUUUUCUGCCUCAUUCUUCCUCAAUCAUUACCAAAUGAAAAGAAUCUCAAUUGGAAAAUCGGAUGUGAAUGCUACAUGGAAGGUGGUGAAAACAUCAGAAACACAAGUAUGUGCUCUUUUGCUACUGGAUUGGUUUCAGAUCAUGUGUACCUAUGGUAUGAUGAAAACUUUUGUUUUGACAUGUUUAACACAACUGGAAAAAGUAGAACCAAUGACGACUAUAGUGCUUAUAAACCAAAGCUUUCAUUUCAAUUCUUUGUUGAAACCGAGGAUAAGAUGAAUGUGGUGAUUAAAGAGUGUGGGAUCUGCCAAAUCUAUGGUUCAGAAUAUCUUAGUUUUGUUGAACAAUUGGGGUUUGAGUUGGAGUUGGGAAAUCAAGCAAAAAGAUGUAGGGAUAUUUAUGAGUUAGAAUCAAGUGAAACAGGAACUCAAGUUGAAGGCUGUUUUGAGAAUGAAGAUGAACAAAAAGAUACAUUGCAUCAAACAAAGAAACAGAAGCUCCUCUAAAGUGAAGAAGUCAUUUUAGAGAGCAAAGUGAGUAUAAUACUAAUUAACAAAUCAAAGGUGAAUAUUGUAAAUAUAUAAUAACAAAUCAUGAGGUUGUUUAAAUAACAUCCUUUGAACUUUUUACUUUACACUUCGCUCACUUUUAGAGAAGCCAAAUUCCUACCUCAUCACCUCAAUGUAUCACUCUAUAUAUUCAAUCAAACACUCUAAUAUAUUAAACCUUGUUACAUAUGUGUGAUGUAGCUAGAAGAGGCAUUAUGCAGUGCUCAAUGGUAGAUAAUGAUAUUGUCCUUGAUUCUUUUGUUCACCAUGAGUCACAACCACAUCAUGUUGUCUUCUGUAGCAAGAAGGGUGAAUGCAAAUGUAGGUGCUUUGAAUGCUAGAGGUCGCAUGAUGUCAUGGUCAAUGAUAGAUAUUGGUGUUGCCGUUGAUUCUCUGGGUCACCAACACAACAAUGGUGGAGUUAGUGUUGGGGUGAAUCGUACCAGAGCUUUUGGAAUGCAUCAAAAUUCUACUCAACAUGUCACAAUUGAUGAAACAACAAUGACUGUGUGCGUCUUAUAUGUCUUGGAGAGUUGUCCAAUGGUUCAACAAUUGGUUUGUCUCUCAAUCUUGGUUUCAUGUAUUUCACAAAGAUUUUACUAAUAAGUGGCUCAAUAUUAGCAAGACAUAUCCUCUAUGUUACAUAAAUGUUUAGUUUGGAAAAAUUUCAUGUACAGAUAUUUCAUUUAUGUAAGAAAUAGUGUCAGUAGUUUUGAAGAAGCACUUAUUUGCAUAA